AUGUCUAAUAAACGACAAGGAACCGAGUCAAGUCAGACUCAUACAAAAAAAAGAAAGUUCACAAAUGCUGCAAAGUUAUUGAGUCCCUUUACUUCGGGUGUUUACGCAACAUGUGCACGUAGAAAAGAAAAUCAAGCUCGUCGGGAGUUGAUAAGUGUUCUUGCCGAGAAAGUACCAGAAUACUUUGACUUAAGCAAAACAGAGGAAGAAGAUAAAGAUCAAGAUCAAGAUCAAGAUGAAAUCGACAAAGCAGUAAAAGAAGGAAACAAAAAGGAACCCGAAUUGUCAAUUGAGGAAAAGAUCCAACAAGAAUUGUCCGACUUGAAAGAUCAGAGUAAAAAAGACAACGACCACUUGCAACCCAUGGAGCUAGACUGCGAAUGUGUGUUAUUUAUCAAAACAAGAAAACCUAUUGACCCCGAGACUUUAGUGCAAAACUUUGUCAAGGAUUGUUUUGAAUCCGGCAUCAAAUCUACGCGAUAUACACAAAAACUUAUUCCUAUAACAGACUCGUGUUCUACUGGCGACGAGCCGCAACAGCAUUUACGAGAAUUGGCUAAACGAGUACUAAAAAGGCAUUUCCACCAAGAGGAAGGACAAAAGCCUGUCAAAUUUGCUAUUCAAGUCGGAAAGAAGAAUUUUAAUACCUUGAAAUCUGAUGAAAUUAUCCGAAUAGUUGCCGAAUGCGUUGGCCGCGAUCAUAGUCACCAAGUCGAUUUAAAGAACUAUGACAAAUUGAUUAUGGUUGAAUGUUACAAAAACAAUAUCGGGAUGGGUGUCGUGAAGGAUUUUCAAAAAUAUUGCAAGUUUAAUUUGCAGCUGAUAUUUGACAAACUGCAAGAGAAAAAUUAG